ACUAUUUUUUAAUGAAAAAUAUGGCGAUUCUAUGAUAUCUUGAAUUCUUGAUUUUUGAUUUUAACUGAUUUUGAUGGUGAAAAUAAUCACAAUUCUAGGAAUAACAUUAUUAUAUUGAACUGUUUAUACCUAAGGAUAUUUUUUGGCGUAAUCUACAGCAGGCUAUGUCUUGGCGCGGAAGGGAGGAUCGUGGGAAUCGCUGGGCUGAGAACCGCCCGCGAUCGCCUGUGUGGGAGAUGAGGCGCAGUUCCAGUCCAGACAGAGGCCGCCAAACGUCUCCUCGAGACCGACACAGGGAGCGCCGCGACCGCGUCGACCGUUAUGACCGUGACCGCGACCGUCGUGAUCGCGACCGUGAGCGCGAUGACCGUUACCGCCGUGAUCGCUACGACAAACGUGAUCGCGACCAACGUGACAGGCGUCGAUCGCCGCGCCGCCCAGAAGAUAAAGAGGUCCCGACCGCUCCGUCCCCUCCUAAAAUAAGUAACGAAAGGCAAAAGAUUGAUUCCCAGUCUAGAAGUAGGUCCCGUAGUCAUGACCGACAAGAGAAUGUGGAAACCUAUGAGAAUAAACACGAAGAUUCCCAAUCGAAUGCUUCCCCAGGCGACUGGAUAUGUCAAUGUGGUUCGUACAAUUUCAAACGGCGCCAAGUAUGUUACAGAAGAAAUUGCCAAGGUAAGAGAGCAGAUGGUGUGGUAUAUGGUGGUGAUGAUAGGAACGGCUCAGAAUCUAGCCCUGGUAUUACCAAGAGGCUAUUAUUUAGAAGGUUAGAUGCUUUAACUACUGAGGAGAAAAUACUGGAAGCAAUUAAGGAUAGGUGUACCAAGUCAGUACUUGAUUCAAUAGCUGGUAUAACAAUAGGUAGGGAGACAUUAACUGGAGCAUCAAAAUGUCUAGCUUAUAUCAACUUCAACUCAAUAGCAGAUUCAACAGCUGCACAUUCUGAGUUAUUAGCUUUAGAUCCUCCGCUUAAGAUAGAUGGACGAGAAGUAUUAAUUUCAUUUUACAAUGAGGUGCAAAAGGUUCAAAAGAAUAAUAUGUCUAAUAACUCUGAUUAUUCUGCAUAUUAUGCUCAAAUGUCAUAUAACACCAGUCAAGCGCUUUCCGAAGCCGAUAGGGUAAAUGCUGCAGCUGCAGUAGCACAGUCUGCUAUAACUGCAGCGCAGGCAAGGCAGCUGUCAUGGACACCCGUGUCUGUACCAGUCUUUGUUACAUCUUCCGCUCAAAAUACUGCUGUGACAAAUAUACCCACUGGUGAUGGUAAAACAGUGUAUAGCCCACCUGAUGUGAGAACAUUUAUGUAUGAUGAGACAUCAGGCUAUUACUACGAUCCUGCAACAGGUUUAUAUUAUGAUGGAAAUACACAGUACUUCUACAACAGUCAAACCAGCCAGUACAUGUACUGGGAUGCCACAAAUUCCACCUAUAUUGCAGCUACUCAAAACCAACAGAAUACUAACCAGCCAAAACUGCAAAACCCACCAACUGCUACAGUAGAAAACACAAUUCCAAAAGAACCAGAUGAGAAAAAGAAAAGAGAUAAAGAGGAUAAGGUUAAGGUUGCCAAAAAGAUUGCGAAAGAUAUGGAAAGGUGGGCUCGGACAUUGAACCAAAAGAAGGAAAAUGCUCGAAGUAAUAUUGUUAUGGAACAGCCGCUAGACCAUGGAGCUAGCAAGGGCUCAGCGGAUAUAGGAUUUUCUGUGCUUGGAGCUGGUCCCUCAAUUACACCGCACAUGCGAGAAAUAUCACCACCACCGAAUACUGAAGAAUUUCUAAUUAAAAAGCCUGAAGCUGCCCAAGUAGAGUCUGAUGAUGGAAUCAUUGACUGGGCAAGGCUAACAUGCAUUAUUUGCAAACGGCGUUUCCCAUCGGCUGAGGUGUUAACAAAACACAAAACAUUGUCCGACUUGCACAAGCAAAACUUGGUGGAAUUUCAGAAAAAGAAUGAUUUGUUGCCACAAACAAAUGGUUAUAGGGAUAGGGCAGCGGAGAGACGAUUAAAGUUUGGUGAAGAUGAGCCCCCUCCAAUUCGUAAGAGAUAUGAGUCUGAUACACCAGCGCCUGUUGUUUCACAUCCACCUCCAUCAGUAGUAGACACGAUUGGUGGUAAAAUGUUGCAAAAAAUGGGUUGGUCAGAAGGUCGAGGACUGGGAAAGGAAGAGCAGGGAAGAAUAGCUCCCAUAGAAGCUGAACAAAGACCUAGUUUGGCGGGACUUGGACAGAAGCGGGGAAUAUACACACCCACACCUGGGUUAACAUACCGAGACACUGUAAAGAAACUUAUGAUUGCAAGAUACAAGGAAGUUGUUGGGCAGGAGGAAGGCAAUCCAUAGGUGAGAUAUGCUUUUUUAUUUAUUUAAUAAUCUGCUUUUGUUCACAGGUUUGGAUCUCAGGUCAGUGUGAUUAAUUUUAAUGUUAAAGUUUAAACUAAAGCUUUGUUUUUUUAAAGAAAUGAAGUUAUAGUAGGUGAUAAAAAAAAUUAUUGUUUUCUUUAGUUAAUUUUUUUUUUAACUUCAUUGUGUUGUAUCCUAUUGGCUACAGUAGACAUCAAAUAUGAACCUGUAGUUUUGCUACCUGUGAAAUAAUUGAAAGCAAUUUUUACACAAAGUUAUUCUUUCUUUACAAUAAAGGAUAUGUUCUUGCUAAAUGUCUGAUUUAUUGAGCUGUAUGCCUGUAUGGAAGGUGCAAGGGUUACUGUGUCGAUCCUAUCUAAUCGUUUGAUUCUAUUACCCAUAAUAGAUUUGGCGCUACCGAUGCGAUGCAACCAUUAAGAUGUGCCCAAGCCAUCUUCGGUAAGUUUCUAGUAUUUUCUACCAAUUUCUACCUAAUUAACCUUUUUCAACAGGUUUCACAGGUAAUGUAUAUAAAACGCAGGAUACAGAAGACCUUUUUUUACAGCUAUCUAGCAUAAACAUCAUUGUUUUUGCUAAGUGACCUAAUUAUUCUGCGUCCAUUGUCGCAUAUUAAACGGCAAUGAACGCAGAAUUUUGACAGUUACCAUUGACAUACUCUAAAAUCAAAAGAAGACGAAGAAGAUUAAAUAGCAACAGAGUUAGGUAGAAUCGAACAUAGACUAAAAAUGAACGCGGUGGACUUGAAUCGGAUUUUAUACGAACUGUGAUAUAUGACUGUGAUAUUGUGCUGCCAAGAAAUGGUGAAUGUGUUUUUGUUGUGAUUUUACUGAUGUAUGUGACCAUUUACCUUACAGAAUGCUUCGGGGGGCUGCCUACGUCCAUACAAAGAUGUGUUACAUUGUUUAUAGUUGUAUGCUGUUAAUUAUUUUCCCGCCCGAUUAUAGUUUUUGGUUUAAAUUAAAUACGUAAUGUUUGAAACUUAAAUAAUGCACAUUGUUUAUAAUUUAGCGAUUCUUGAGGAUCUAAUAAAUUGAACAAUUGAUAAGUUGGUAAAUAGAUGUUUAAGAUUUUUUUUAAGAAUUUCGUCAAGUGUUUAUUUAGAACAAAGUAGCGUUAAGAUGUUAUCUUCGUUUGGUUUUAAAUUAAAGUUAAAAGAAAAAUUAACGCACCUACACUGCAUUUACCGUAAAUAUUAAAAAUUCAUUCCAAUAAAAUAUUCGGAUUUUCACUAACUGUUUUUUAAUAAUUUUAUUUUUUUAAGGCGAAUUUGAAACGAAUAUAGCUUAACAUUAUAAAUUAUUGUAAAUAAUAAUUAAUAUUAGGAAUAUUAGUACCUAGAUUAUUUAAUAGAUAGAGUUUUUUAUUGUAAAGAAUGCGAUUAAUAUUAGAUUUAGAUACGCAAGUUGUACAAAUAUAUUUUUUAUUAAAAAGUUAUUAUUAAAUGAA